AUGUUCAACCGAGAUCGAGUACCUGGUCUUCCUGGAAGCUCUCCACGACCUCCACCGCGCAACGAAGGCUACGGACAGCCACAACAACCCCCACAACAGCAGCCACCACGUAACUACGACCCCAGAAUGGCUGGAUACGGUGGCGCCCCUCCGCCCGCUACUCAACGUAUGCCUGUGCCUGCGAGGCAAGGCGGCGGCGGCGGACCUGUGAGGCAAUUGCGCCCAAUCAAAAGCCCAGGAGGCAACGCUUAUGCCUUUGGCAAUCUGGUCGCAGUGUCCCCUCAAGACUUCCAACCAAACCCCGACGGCUCCGAUAUCUACAUCCUCGUCAACGGCAACUUUGCCCUCUCUGCACGACCUACACAAGGAUGCUCGCCGGGCGAAAUUGGUCUUACCGACGCACAAAGAACAUGGGCCGGCAUAUCUCUUGGUCCUCAGGAGGUAGUUACGGUGGCGCAGUAUGACCACUUCAGUCAAAGUCAAGGAAAAUCAUAUUUGGGGUCGCUCGAGGUCGAAGUCGGAUUCGCGGCAAGAAAGAUGACAGAUACACCUUAUGAUCAAGACGAGCUCGCCACGUUUUUCAAGAAGAGCUUCGAGAACCAAAUCCUAGCGCCUGGCCAACAACUGCUUCUCGAUGUAAAAAACAUACCCCUCAGAUUAUCUGUCCGGACGGUACAGCUUGCAGAUUUAUCCAUGGAGAAGGAGGAGACUGAUAUGCCCCCCAUCACUGAUCCACGAGCUCGCGGUAUCCUUACAAGACACACUCAGGUCGACUUUUUCAAGGAUGCUCGGUCAGAGCUCAAAAUCAAAGCGUCGGCGAAGCGCGCAGCAGCAAACUCCAUCAUUCAGCCAGGUUUCAAGUUCGAGGAUAUGGGCAUUGGUGGACUGGAUACUGAGUUCAGUGCCAUUUUCCGAAGAGCUUUUGCUUCCCGCAUCUUCCCUCCUAAUGUCGUGGAGAGGCUAGGUAUCAACCAUGUGCGUGGUUUGCUAUUGUAUGGCCCUCCUGGAACGGGUAAAACCCUGAUGGCGAGGCAAAUUGGAAAGAUGCUCAAUGCUCGUGAGCCCAAGGUCAUCAACGGUCCCGAAGUUUUGAACAAGUAUGUCGGAGCGUCCGAAGAGAAUAUCCGGAAAAUGUUCGCAGAUGCAGAGAAAGAACAAAAGGAAAAGGGCGACGAGAGUGGACUUCACAUCAUCAUUUUCGACGAACUCGAUGCUGUUUGCAAGCAGAGAGGGUCUGGUGGUGGCGGUGGCACCGGCGUGGGUGAUAGUGUCGUCAACCAACUGCUGUCCAAGUUGGAUGGUGUGGAGCAAUUGAACAACAUUCUUCUCAUCGGUAUGACGAACCGAAUGGACAUGAUUGAUGAGGCUCUCUUGCGCCCUGGUCGUCUCGAGGUCCAUUUGGAGAUUUCGUUGCCUGAUGAAUCGGGCCGCGCCCAGAUCCUGAAGAUUCACACCACCAAGAUGCGAAAGAACAACGUCUUGGAAUCGGACGUUGACGUUGAAGAGUUAGCAAAACUUACCAAGAACUUUUCCGGAGCGGAGCUGAAUGGUCUGGUCAAGGCAGCAACAUCGUAUGCCUUUGGUCGUCAUCUUCAGGGUGGUACUACAGUCAAGGCGGAUGUUGAGAAUAUGAGGGUCAUGCGUCAGGACUUCAUAACCGCACUUGACGACGUGAAGCCGUUGUUUGGUGUUGCCGAAGAAGAACUCGGCAAACGAGUGAUGCGCGGCAUCAUCCACUUUUCGCCCUUCAUCAGGGAUAUCUUGGAAGAUGGGCGUCUGUACAUCAAUCAAGUCAGAAAUUCGGCGUCUACCCCAUUGCUACCUGUCCUUUUGCACGGGCCGCCUGGCUCUGGAAAGACUGCAUUGGCUGCCAAGAUGGCAAUGGAUUCGGGCUACCCCUUUAUCAAACUGAUUUCGGCUGAAGACAUGAUUGGUUAUAGCGAGUCGCAAAAAGUACAGCAUCUUGAUAAGACAUUCAGGGAUGCCUACAAGAGUCCGUUGAGUAUCAUAGUUCUCGAUUCCAUUGAGUCGAUGCUUGAAUGGGUACCGAUUGGUCCUAGGUUUAGCAACACUGUUUUGUCUGCGUUGAAGGUGCUUCUUGGCAAGGUGCCACCAAAGAAUCGCCGCUUGCUAGUGUUUGCCACCACAACUCAACGUUCAGUGCUUGUUCAGCUUGAGCUUUUUGCUCGCUUCAAAGCUGAUAUUGCUGUGCCCAACGUCAACACUCAAGGCGAACUCGCAAAUGUUCUCAGUGAAUCCGGCGCCUUCUCAGAGUCAGACCAGCGACGUGCUAUCAGUGAGAUUGAGGAGAUUACUGGAAGCAAGGAGAUCGGGGUGGGCAUUGACAACAUCCUUAGUGGUAUCGAAACUGCGAAGCAGGAUCAGGAUGUCCCUGGCCGAUUCGCCCGAUACAUGUCAAGUGCGAUUGCGGCGAACAAGGCUUUUUAG